AUGAAUAUUUAGUAAUAACCAAUAACAAAGAAUGAAUAAAAUUUUGAAAAAAAUUAGAAUGAUACUUUUUAAUAUAGACUUCAUAAAUAGUAUUCAGUCUAACAAAAUAAGUGGUGCAAGGCAAUUGCAUUUAAUAAAAAUAGUACAAUCUUAGCAAUUGGCUGUAAUGAAAUUAUAAAAUUAUAUGAAUUUAAAGAAGGGGAUCUAAAAUUAUUUAAGAGCAUUUAGGGUCACAGUUUUGAUGUAAAUUGUUUAAAAUGGUCAAAUUAUUAAAAUCAACUUAUAUCAGCUGGAUAUGAUGGAAAAAUUUUAUUUUGGUCAAUAAAUUCCAUAAAUCAUUAAAAAUUAAUAAUGAAAUUUGUAAUACAUUCUUUAUCUAUAACCUGCUUAAUUAUGAACACUCAAGAAAAUUUUCUAAUAACAGGGAGUAUGGAUUAAACAAUUUAAAUUAUGAAUUAAAAUUAUUAGAAAUUUGAUUGGAAUACUUUUCAAGUUAUAAAGGAACAUGUUGAUACAAUAUUUGCAUUAAGCUUAAGUUAAAAUUAGAAAAAAUUGAUCUCUUGUGGAUAUGAUAAUCUAAUUAUAGUUUUAGAAAAUAAUGGAUUAGCUACUCAGAAAAACUAUUGGAUUGUCAAACAAAAGAUUAUUACAAAUGUUCAUGGAUAUCGAUUAUGCUUUUUAAAAGAUUAUUUAUUUGCUUUUUAACCUUACAAUAAAGAAGAAUUGUGGAUAUUUGAUGAUCAGAAUCUAUAAAAACAGUUUAAAAGCUCAAAAAUUAUUCAAAUUAAAAGUGAAUGUGACGAUUUUGCAUCUUUAUUUCCUUAAUAGUUUAUUCAAAACAAAAGAAUCAUCUUAUCAAAAAAUGGAAAUUUUAUUCAUUUGAUUAAAUUCCUUGAUUAAGAUGACUUUUAAGUCAUAUAAGAGAUUGAUUUUGGAGAUUAAUGUAUUUAUGGAUAACUGAGCCCCAAUGGAAAGUAUUUGGUAACAUGGGAUAAUAAAUCCAAUUUUAUCUAAAUCAGAUUGCUUGAUGAAUAAUAAUGA